CUCAAUGUGUUUUGAAAAGAGACAAUGUUGCUUUAAAUGACUGUGUUGAGGAAUUUAAGAAUUUUAGAAGUUGCUUACAAAAAACUGCUUCCAACUUAAAAACUAGAAUUUAGUAAAUAAUUUUAAGUCGGAUUGUUAAAAAUGAGUGCAAUUCAAAAAUUUGUAAAUAUUAAUUACAAAAUUCAUAUAAUUUUGUCCUUAGUACUUAGAUUUAUAUUAAUAGGUUAUGGCAUUUAUCAUGAUCAAAAUUCUAGUGUUAAGUAUACUGACGUUGAUUAUAAGGUCUUCACGGAUGCGUCCAGGCACAUCUUGAAUAACAGAUCACCCUACAACCGCCAUACAUAUAGGUACUCACCAAUAUUAGCUGGCCUGUUAAUACCAAACAUUAUUCUACAUCCAUGCUUUGGGAAAGUUUUAUUUUGCAUAAUUGAUAUUAUUGUUGGUUUACUUAUACGAAAAAUUGUCAAACACAAUUUACAUGAGUAUGACUUGUAUGUAAAGAAAACUCAACCAAGCAACAGUAAUCAGAAAAAGUUGAAGUACAAGAACAAAAAUCGUCAGAAAAAUGUGGAGGUCAUCGAUCGAACCUCUAACAUAAGCAUGUUGUGCUGGCUGUAUAAUCCAAUGACUAUAGCAAUUGGUACUAGAGGAAAUUGCGAUUCGCUGGCAGGGUUUUUUGUAUUACUCACCCUAUAUUUUUUGCAAUGUAAGGGACAAGUUUUUGCAGCUGGCUUGAUUCAUGGUCUUUCAAUACAUUUUAGAGUUUAUCCUAUUAUAUAUAGUCUUACAAUGUAUAUGGCUUUGAGCAAGUUUUCAUUUUAUACAACUGAAGACAGGAGACUGAAAAGGAAUUCAAAACUGCCAGCUAUUGAUAACAAAGGACAAUCAAUUAAUGAACAGUCCGUAGGUAAUAAACUCAGCAAUUCAUUAGCUGCAUAUAAUCAUAACGAACGUAAAACAAUUUUUAAAAAGGAAUAUUUGUUAUAUCUAGUACCUAACUGGAAUCAAUUGAAAUUGGUAGCUGGCUGUAUUUUAUCUUUAACAUUCUUAACUGGAACGUUUUAUUUAAUUUAUGGUUACAAAUUUUUGUAUGAAGCAUAUAUCUUUCAUUUUACUAGACAGGACACAAGACAUAAUUUUUCCUUGUACUUCUAUUUGCUUUAUUUGACGGCCUGGGUGAAAAAUGUCGGAAUUUGGCAGAAAGUGUUAAUAGUUUUUCCACAAUUGUUGCUUUUGAUUGUGUUUUCUUUCCGUUACGGGUUAAAUAAAUUUUCUUUAAAUUUUGGAAUUUUGGUUCAGACUAUCGUGAUGGUGAUCUAUAAUACGGUUUUAACAUCACAAUAUUUUGUUUGGGUGAUGGCUAUACUGCCACUUUGCUUAUGGCAAAUCAAAAUUUCUGUUAAAAGUGCCAUAUUGUUGUUAGUCGUGUGGUUUAUUGCGCAAGGGGCCUGGUUAUUGCCGGCUUAUUAUUUGGAAUUUCAGGGCCAAAACACAUUCAUCCUCAUUUGGAUUCAAAGUGUUUCACUAUUCUGCGCUAAUAUUGCCAUACUUGGUAGAAUGAUAAUGUAUUUUAUGCCUGUAGAAAAACCUAAGUCAGAAUAAAAUAGGUUCAUUUGUAGUUUAGGUUGUAGUAUUGUAUUAGAUUUUGCAGUUUGUAAUAUAUAAUUAUUAUUAAUAAAAAUGUAAACAAAAAUG